AUGCCGGAUGAUUCAUUCACUGUUUUAAAUGGUGGAUCCUAUUUUGCAAAACUGGAUCUUGCUGACGCAUAUCUACAAGCUGAAGUAGCACCAGAAUGCCGGAAACUCCUUACCAUUAAUACACAUCGCGGUCUGUUCCAAUACAGCAGAUUACCUUUCGGAGUUAAAACUGCCCCAGAUAUUUUCCAACAACUGAUGGAUACUAUCUUGGCAGGUUUUCCGGGUGUUGCCGUCUAUCUUGAUGAUAUCUUGGUGGUAGCGAAUUCUAUAAACGAACUUUACAGCAGGACAGAAGCUGUCUUGUCACGCGUGCAGGAGAAUGGUCUACGACCACGCUCAGAGAAGUGUCAGUUCUCCUUGAGAUCUGUCAAAUGCCUUGGAUUUAUAUUUGAUACAUGGGGUGGACGUCCAGAUCCUGACAAUAUACGUGCUAUAAAAGAGAUGCCUGCACCUACUGACGUGCCUUUUUUACGCUCUCUUGGGAUUAAUUAG